AUGCCACCUAAGCAUGCGAAGACCCAUUUAACCACUCCGGAGAAGCCGUCCUCUGUGUCAAGUCGAAGCAGUGUUUUGGGAAGUCCAGAAUUGCGACCGAAGAAUAGAGUUGUGAUUGAUGUGGGGCAGUGUAACAGAGAUGACGAUCCUUAUGUUACUGCAAGGAAAUCAGUGGAAGUAUGCAGGAAUCAGUUCCUGCUCAUGCUCGACUUCCUCAAGCCGGGAGGCUCCUGUAUGUGGAUUCAUAGCGGCUCUCAUCUGGACACGUAUCUAUUCUAUCUAAACUGGCUUAACCGUAUGUUUCAGCGUCUAAGGGUUACUAAUACGUUGGUUCCUAGUCGUAGCCCAGUGUACACUAUUGCGGAGAACUUUAUACCGGGGGAAAGCGAAGCGGCGUUGAAAGCCUGUGAUGACUUCCGUGAUUUCCUGCUCUCACAUCCUGCGGAUCCAUCAACUCCUGAGAUAUGGCAGGUAACUUCCUGGGCGGAAGUACAGUCGCUGCUGAAUCCUAACUCGCAGUUGUUGAAGGAUCUCCACGCGGUAUGGAGAGAAAAACGGGAGAAGUUGGCUGGAACACGUAUCAAUGCUGAACGAUCAUUGAAAGAAGAUUGCGGCGGUGAUGAGUCCCUUUACGUGUCUAAUAAGAACAUACAACCACUAAUGAAGGACCUAUCUGGGGUGCGAGGUCGUGGCAAUGACACUAGUGGUGAUGAAGACUCAUCACUUCCGACUGAACUAUACACACACCCACGUCUCUAUAACGAGUCACCUGAGCUAGCAUUCUGUGCUCUAGCAGCGUCGGAAGCGAAGACUAGUACGGCUGAAUCAGCUCCAAAGGUCAAAGCUAAAGUUGUCAAUGGGAAGUGCACAGCUUCUUUCGACGACUUGACGUUGGAGGUGUAUGCGAUUGAGCACAAUAGGAUUGCUAUCAAGUGCUUGGAUGCUGAGACGUAG